CAGAGCCGAGCCAUAUUGUCGUCUUCAAUUUCUCUGCUGGGCAUCGAAUAACGUCCUUGCGUUGCCAUUGUUCUUUUGCGAUGAAGCCGAGGAUCGCAGUGGAGUCUUUUGAGCUGCUCACCGCCCAGAGCUACUUGCUGCACCCGCCAUCUACUACGGAGUAGUUGCAGGUGUAUCCAGGCGGCUCUGCCAAGUACAAAAUGCUCCUCCCGGCCAUUACCACAGCCUCCAUUGCGAAGCACAUCCACCUCCAUCUCCCCGGGCCAAAUACCCUAAUCAGCGUCAAUCAUGUCGUCACAAGAAGGCCAUGCCCACUACUCCCACUCUCAGCCCCAGCAUAUCUCUCCCCGUUCUCCUUCCUAACCCCCGCCCUCGCGAAACACCAACUCCCGCCCCGAUUGAAGAUCGAUGACGCAGACAUCACCGUGUCCUAUCUCAAGGGCACAGGCCCGGGGGGGCAGAAGAUCAACAAAACCAACUCCGCCGUCCAAAUCAUCCACAAACCGACUGGAAUCGUAGUAAAAUCCCAAGCCACACGCUCGCGGUCCCAGAAUGAGAAAAUCGCCCGCCAGCUUCUGGCAGAUAAGGUUGAGGUUGCCCUGAGAGGUGAUCAGAGUCGAGCCGCCAUUAAAGCCGAGAGGGCCAGAAAGAAGAAGGCGAGUAAGAUAAAGAAGAGUCGGAGGAAGUAUCGCGAGUUGGAAGCGAGAGAUCAGGGUCGUGGACUGGAAGAAGGAGAGGAAGUAGACGGGGAUGAAGAACAAGAACAAGAACAAAAAGGGAAUGGGCAAGAGCUAGGACAGGAACAGCGACGGCGGGAUAUACUGGGCGGACAACCAGACCAGAAAGGUUCUGGGAAUGUAUAG